UCACGACGGUAACAUCCACGACUUGAUUGAGAGCCGAUACGUCGACGUUCGCAACAAUGGCAAUCACAGCUUGCAGAUGCACUCGUCGUUGGUUCGAAGGCUUUCUCUGGAAAGAGAAUUGGAGGGGCAUCAGGGUUGUGUCAAUUCUAUCGCUUGGAAUUCUAGAGGUUCACUAUUGAUAUCUGGAUCAGAUGACACACGGAUAAAUAUCUGGAGCUAUGCUAGUCGGAAGCUUUUGCAUUCUAUAGAGACUGGGCACUGUGCGAACAUAUUUUGUACAAAAUUUGUCCCUGAAACUUCUGAUGAGCUUGUGGUCUCCGGAGCUGGAGAUGCAGAAGUUCGAUUAUUUAAUUUGUCUCAUUUGAGUGGGAGAGGAACUGAUGAUAAUGCUAUCGCUCCAUCAGCUCUGUAUCAAUGUCAUACUAGAAGAGUUAAAAAGUUAGCUGUUGAAGUUGGAAAUCCCAAUGUAGUAUGGAGUGCAAGUGAAGAUGGAACUUUGAGACAGCAUGACUUUCGAGAGGGAACUUCAUGCCCUCCUGCUGGAUCCACCCAUCAAGAAUGUCGAAAUGUUUUACUUGACUUGCGGUGUGGAGCAAAGAAGUCACUGGCAGAUCCUCCGAAACAAACUUUUGCUUUGAAAUCUUGUGAUAUCAGUUCCACUAGGCCUCAUUUGCUCCUAGUUGGUGGAAGUGAUGCGUUUGCGCGUUUAUAUGAUAGAAGGAUGCUACCGCCACUGACAUCCUGUCGGAAAAGGACAACGCCGCCACCUUGUGUUAACUAUUUCUGUCCAAUGCACCUCUCUGAUCGUGGACGUGCAAGCAUGCAUUUGACUCAUGUUGCAUUUAGUCCAGAUGGAGAAGAGGUUCUACUUAGUUAUAGUGGGGAGCAUGUAUAUUUGAUGAAUGUAAAUCAUGCUAGUGGGAGUGCUGUGCAGUAUACUUCUGGAGAUGUUUCGAAGUUAAUGAGCCUCACUCCUAUACUCAGUGGGGUAGAACUGCAUCAACCAGCAUCCAAGAUCUUCACAAAUGGUGUUCCUAAAAGGGCCAAUGUCACUGCUAGGCUUGCAAAGUGCAGGAAACUAAUUGAAAUUGCGGAUAAAUCCUUGGAGGAGGGGGCAGAGUAUUUUUAUGGUAUUGAGGCGUGCAAUGAGGUGUUGGAUGGAUGUGGUUGUGAUAUUGGGCUUAAACUGAAGCAUGAUUGUUUAUGUAUUCGUGCCGCAUUGUUGCUCAAGCGCAAGUGGAAAAAUGAUGUUCAUAUGGCCAUAAGAGAUUGUUAUAAUGCUCGGAGAAUCGAUAGCUCCUCUUUCAGAGCUCAUUACUAUAUGUCUGAAGCUUUAUCGCAGUUGGCUAAACAUAAAGAAGCUCUAGACUUUGCUAUCGCAGCCCAAUCUUUGGCUCCAUCAAAUUCUGAAGUAGCAGACCGAUUGGAGCAUGUAAAAAGGGAUCUUGCUGCAGCUGAAUCUGAAAGAAAUGGUAAGCCAAAUGAUGGAGCACCCAGGUCUGAACCUCGAGGUGGAAGAGUACUGUCACUGAGUGACAUACUUUAUCGAUCGGAGGGUAAUAGUGAUGCUUCACAAGAUGGUCCAAGAUCUGAGAGAGAAGAUUCUGAUUAUGAUGAGGAAGUGGAGGUUGACUUUGAAACGUCGAUAUCAGGUGAUGAAGAGCAUGACGUCGAGCCCAAUAUACUACAAGGAAGUUUAAACCUGAGAAUUCAUCGAAGAAGUGAUUCUGCUAGAGAAGUAGGUGGUUCAAACGGCUCAUGUGGAUCCCCUUCUUCGUCAUCUCAAAAUGAAAGGCUGCUAUAUCAGCCUGAGGCAGUUAUUGAUAUGAAACAGAGAUAUGUUGGCCAUUGUAAUGUUGGAACUGACAUAAAACAGGCCAGCUUUCUUGGCCAGAGAGGCGAAUAUAUCACUAGUGGAAGUGAUGAUGGCAGAUGGUUUAUCUGGGAGAAGCGAACUGGUAGACUGAUAAAAAUGCUUCAAGGAGAUGAAGCUGUUGUGAACUGUGUACAGUGCCAUCCAUUUGAUUGUGUUGUGGCAACUAGUGGAAUUGACAACACAAUAAAAAUAUGGACACCAAGUGCCUCAGUCCCAUCUAUUGUUGCUGGUGGAUCCGCAGGGCCAGAAACUGCUGACAUUUUGGUAGCGAUGGAAGCCAAUCAGCGCAGAUUAACUCAUAAUCGUGAAACUAUCCUGUACAGCCGUUCUGAAAUUCUGGAGCAUUUUCGUAUACAUGAGUUUGCUGAAGGAAGCUUGCACCCAUUUGAGUGCGCUCAAAGCUGACAUGAUCUAACCGAAGCAUGGAGAUAAAUUACGAUCAAUUGUAAACAGGGCAAUCCGGUUUAUGUUCUCUGUAGUGCCAGAAGUUGAUCGAUCUGGGUCAACUGUUAUUGCUGGUGGCAGAAAUCUUGCAGGACAUAUAAAGUCUUAUGGGCUUUCGUAAAUAUGUCGAAAAGAGAGGUGUUAUUAUCCAGUUUUCAACCGUAAAGUUUUAUCCAAUAUAAUUUGUUGUUAUCCCGUCCAAUUUGCCUUGCUGAUAUAUUGUUCAGAACAUCACUGUGUAUAGUUGAGAAUGCUCUUCAUUUUGUUUUUCGUUUUUCGUUUUUUCGUGUACAAAGUAAGAAAGGGAAAACUCCUCAUGUCUUAUGAGCUAAUAUAUAUUUGAUGCUUAUGAGGGAAAGUCACGAGUAAUGUUGCUUUUUUUUUCUUUUCCAAAAACAUUUUAUGUGAAUAAUAGAGCUAUUAAUCAUUUA